GGGACGCGCCGGAUGGCGGCGGAGGCGGCUCUGGGCUGAUCCCCCUCCGGAGCAGAAAGAGGAGCGCCAUGGCCAAGAACAAGAACGUAAACUACAAAGGGCCUUACGGUUACCAAAAACUGAAAGAACGAGAACCCCGAGCUUCCAUCCGGUUCAAGUGUGCCCUUACAAACACCAUUAUAGACGUCCUUCGGCAGCGACCAGGAUGGGUUGAAGUGAAAGACGAAGGGGAGUGGGACUUCUACUGGUGCGACGUCCGCUGGCUCCAGGAGAACUUUGACCACACUUACAUGGAUGAGCACGUGCGCAUCAGCCACUUCCGCAAUCACUACGAGCUGACUCGGAAGAACUACAUUGUGAAGAACCUGAAGCGGUUUCGGAAGCAGCUGGAGAGGGACUCUGGGAAGCUGGAAGCCAUGAAGUGUGACUUCUUCCCCAAGACCUUUGAGAUGCCCUCCGAGUACCACUUGUUUGUGGAGGAGUUCCGCAAGAACCCCGGCAUCACCUGGAUUAUGAAGCCGGUUGCCCGGUCUCAAGGGAGAGGCAUUUUUCUCUUCCGGAAGCUCAAGGAUGUAAUUGACUGGAGGAAGGUGAGAUGCCUCCUUCUUCUCACCUCUGAGGAAGGGAUUAGUUGGGAACAGCCUACCAUACAGUUUUGCUCGGACGGCGUCCGCGUGGAUGACCAGAAAGAUGAAAUUCCAGUAGAGAAUUAUGUAGCGCAGCGCUACAUCGAGAACCCGUAUUUAGUCGGUGGGCGGAAGUUUGACUUGAGAGUGUACGUCCUAGUCAUGUCGUAUAUCCCACUCAAAGCCUGGCUUUACCGGGAUGGCUUUGCUCGCUUCUCCAACACCCGCUUCACUCUGAGCUCCAUCGAUGACCACUAUGUUCACCUGACAAAUGUAGCCGUGCAGAAGACAGCCCCUGACUACGACCCCGAAAAGGGCUGCAAGUGGAUGAUCCAGCAGUUCCGCCUCUACCUGACCGCCAAGCAUGGGGCGGAAGCCGUGGAGAACCUCUUCGCCGAGAUGGACAACAUUUUCAUCAAGAGCCUGCAGAGCGUCCAGAAAGUCAUCAUCAGCGACAAGCACUGCUUUGAGCUCUACGGCUACGAUAUCCUGAUCGACCAAAACCUCAAGCCGUGGCUUCUCGAGGUUAAUGCUUCUCCCUCCCUCACGGCCAGCAGCCAGGAGGACUAUGAACUCAAGACCCGUCUUCUAGAGGACACCCUGAACAUAGUGGACAUGGAGGGCAGGUUGACGGGGAAGGAGAAGCGUGUCGGGGGCUUUGACCUGAUAUGGAACGACGGUCCCGUCAGCAGAGAAGACGGGAAUCUGGACACCCCCAUGAACGGCUUCGUUGCAAACACCCACCUAGGCUACAACAAUGACAGGAAGAAACAGCUGAGGCAGCUUUUCAAGUCUUUUCAGACGCAGCAGAAAGCUUAAACAUUGCGGCACUGAGAAAUGGUCAGAUGUCAGGGGGGGGGGCGCCCGGGCUCUGGAGUUGAAGUAAGGCCCUUGCCGGCUUUGUGGCUGCGGGGAUUUCAUCCACUUUGGGGAGCUUCAGGUGCACUGUUGAGAAGAUUCCCGUUCCCAGCAGACUGACCAAGCACUGGACACAGAACAGCUUUUAACCUGGGCAUGCUGCAAAGUCGGGUCUUGUUGCACCGUGUUUUUGGGCAGGCAGAUGGUGCAGUUACUCACCUGGCCAGGUUCAAGCAGUGCUUAACAUGGACAGCAUCCGUGGGGGCGAGAGGCAGGGGAGGAAUACAAUUGUUGCUCCGCCAACUGAUUGCAGCAAAGCAACUGGCACCAUCCACAUGCAAGGCUGGAAAGAGUGAUGUGUCCCAUUGCAUUGCAAGCAUGAAUAAAAAUUAAUGCCUUAGUACUGCUAAGGAUCGAGAAA